GUUCCCUCCCCAGUUGCCCCCACUGCUCCUCUCCAUCUCCUCUCUGCCUUCCUCGAUCCGCGCCGCAGCUGCCCCCGCUGCUCCCCGCCUCCACCGGAGCAGCGCCGCCAGCUGACGCCCUCCAUCUCUUCUCUGUCCGCCCAUUCCUCGUCGUACCAGGCUGGGAGUGUUGGGGGGAUCUCGGGGCUGUCAAUCGGCGAGCAAUCUUCGGCUGAAUCAAGAUAGAAACAGGUUUUGAUACUGAAGUCUGGGGGAGUAGUAUACUCUGUUUGAGUAUAACAUUUAUUUUCAGAAUAAAUCACUUUUCCACAUGGCGGGGGCUGAAUCCACAUUACCUGCAGUAGAUCAUGCGGCGUUGGAUAACAGUGAUACUGAGGUCUCAGAAGUCGUGGAAUGUGAUUCCACAGUUGUAGAAGUGCUGGAAAAGAGUGCCAGCGAAGAAGUUCAUCUGCAAUUUCCCUUUGGAAAUAAGGAAGAUGUAGAAUCCCUUGGCACAGUUUGUGAUCUCGAGGAUAACGAGAGUAAUGCUGCUGAGGCAAUCACUCUGAAUGUGGUUGCACUAGAAAUGUCCAUCUCUUGCAAGGCUCCAGAUGAAAAUAUUUCACUGGGUUGUCAAACACCACGGGGAAACAUCUUUGACCCCUUUGCUCCAGGACCAGAGGAGGCGCUCUGCGGUGCGCCUAAGAAGAACGUGGUUAGGGGAGUAGAAACCCUCUCCCGCAGAAAGCUCAUCUUUGAAUCUGAUGACUUCCCAGUCAAGAGGUUAAGUUUUGAGUUUGAUGAUUUGGAGGAGGAAGACCUGUAUCUCCAGGGGAUCUGCAAGAUGUUUCUUGAUCUGAUCAUCUCAAACCAAGCGCUGGAGGCAACCGGAGAUAGUGAGGUUCUGAUAAAUGCUGCUAUCCCACCUGAAAGCUACAAGACCCCUGAAUCAAAGCCUCUGCUUACCGGCAUCGCAGAAACUUGCCCGGACGCUCCUCUGCGGCCAUCUCUGAAGAUGCUGAAGCUCAGCCCAGGCAUCUGCCGGAAGCUCGACUUUGGGUCUGUCAGUCCCAAGACUCUCUUCGCCGAAGAUAAUAAGAGCUGAGCCUGUUCCUUGGGGGAACAUCCAUCUUGGCGCGGUUCUCUUGGCAUCCUACAGGGGCAUGUCAGCGUGGUAACUUUGCUAACUCUGAAGCUGUACAGAGCUAGCAGUGAUGCUUGAGUAGGAAGCAGCCUUAAUUAAGUUAUACAUGUAAAAUCUAUGUUAGUUUUCCUUUGGUUUUAGCUAAGCCCAGUCUUACUGCCCUGAUUGAUGUAAUAGUAGUACCGGCACAUGUGCCUUGUGGGUGGCUUUUGGCAUAGCGUUCUGUAAAUCUUAAAAAUAGUUUGUUGUCUCUCUUGUGCUCGAACUGAAGCAACUCUGUUGCAGAUUCAUCA